UCCUUGACCAAAACUAUCACAUCAUUUAUAAACAUGUCUGACGCGAGUCAAGAACAAGCCCGCCUGGAUCCUUACACCCGCGUUGCAGAGAAUAAGAAUAUUAAUCUUCAUGAGAAGAUCACCGAUUUGCACACCGUCAUAAAGAAUGCAAAGAUCGGUAUGCUCGUCACCCGCGAUGCAAACGGGAAUUUACAUUCCCGAGCAAUGACUCCUGCCACGCCAUACAGCGACAAGCAGAUAAAUUUGGUGUUCCUCGCGAACAAUGUGACUCACAAGUUCGAGGAAAUCCAAAAUGACGCACACGUCAACGUCAGCUUUUGUGAUCCAUCUUCGACCGACUGGGUGUCCUAUUCUGGAAGAGCCAAAGUGACUCAGGACAAGGAGCUUAUCCAUAAGCACUGGUCCUCAUGCGUUACCGGCUAUAUUGGCGAUCUGAAGGAUGGGGUUCACAAAGGGGACAAAGAUGACCCACGUGUCGCCGUGAUUGAGGUGAUUCCAGACGAGAUCAAGUACUGGAUUACGAAGCACUCUUCUAUGAUGCGAAAAGCGCAAAUAGUUGUAGGCGCUGCCAUGGGCAAGGCCACGGCCUCUGGAGAGUUGCGCACAAUCAGCCAGGAAGAGAUUCAACAUGCACAGUGACUUCAUUCCAAGUAGUUCUUUGUCGGCGUUCUUUCUUCCUUCGAUUGUCUGCCGUGUAGUGGAAUGAGAAGUUUCUUAAUAACACAUGUACAACACCGAGGAAUCCAAUUCGCGUAUAUUCCCAA